AUGGUUGCCACCCGUAUCUUCUCUGUCGGUGCCGCUCUGGCCCUGGCUCUGCCUGCCACUGCCUCGCCGACCCUCGCUCGCCGCGCCUUCGAGAUUAGCGAAUUCACCCCCUUCCAGAAGCGCCAGGUCUCCAGCGAGCAGUUUGCCUGCCACUCCGCCUGCGGCAACACCAUCCUCGAGUCCGAGACCGGCACCGCGCACUGCUCUUCCACCGCCUGGCGCACCCGCCUCGACGAGUGCUUGGACUGCGUCCAGGAGUUCCCCAUCUGGCAGUUCUACAGCGAGGGUGUCCAGGCCGGCGCCACCGCCUGCGGCCUCACCGCCGAGCCCGGCUCCCCCUCCUCCGGCGGCGAGACCGAGACCACCCCCGCCGCUGAGCCCACCCCUGCUCCCGUCACUACCACUGCUGCUGCCGCGCCCACCACCGCCGCCGCUGAGGAGGAGACCACUGCUGCCGCCGCCGCUCCUGAGCCCUCGUCUCCCGCCCCCGAGGGCGAGACUACCCCGGAGUCUCAGUACCCCGUCCCCACCGUCUCCGAGGCCGCCCCCGUGGUAUCCGAGUCCGCUGUCGCCUCUGCUGUUCCCUCCGCCGUCGCCACUCCCUCUGGCAACAACACCAUUCCCGAGCCCACCACCAUUGAGGUUGACGGUGCCGCCUCCCUUGGCUUCAUGGGUGUUGCCGCCAUGCUCGGCCUCGCUGCCAUUGCCCUCUAA